CGGAGGGAGCGGCGCUUGCUGCAGUGAGGGACCCGCUCCUGCUUCUCGUCGCCGCUUCCACCUCCUCGAGAGCCAGAGAGAGAAAGCGAGACUCGCCGAGGCGAGUUACCAGCAGCUGAAGGAGGCGGCGAAAAGCGGUCACGGCGCAGCCUCUGCCCAGCAAUAAAGGCAGGCGAGGGAACAGAGGGCCCAGACAGCCUCGGUCGCGCCUCCGCCGCUAUGAAUCUCGCAGGCUUCUCGGGACCGGCUUCGAAAACAGAGCCGGCCAGGAGGAGGCAGCUGCGGAGGGAAUAGGGAGCCGCCGAACGCUCCGAGGCCGUUCCGCUGGGGCCAGGCCAGCCACCUCCGUGUCCAUGAGCCCGCCGCCUUCCCAUCAGAGCUGCCGCUACUGCCGCCACCUCUUUCGCCAGCAGCCGCCGACCCGAGCACACGCCUCCGCUGCUGCCGCUGGGCCCAAUUCCUCCGGACCUGCCUCCUCCUUUCCUCUGCGCAGCAGAAGGAAAAGACUACAAACCCCAGUGUGAAGAGAAUGGCUGUGACUUUAGAACAGGCCCAAAGGGCGGUCUGUGUGUUUCUGAAGUCAUUCUUAAGAUUUGGCUUCAUGGUUGCUAAUAACCUUGUUGCUAUUCCGUCCUACGUUCUAUAUUUAAUAGUACUGCAACCUCUCCGAUUGUUGGAUAGUAAACGGUUCUGGUAUAUUGAAGGAGUAUUAUUUAAAUGGCUUUUAGCUAUGGUGGCAUCGUGGGGCUGGUGGGCAGGAUAUACAGUUGUAGAAUGGGGAGAUAAUAUUAAAUCCAUAUCAGAAGAUGAAGCUGUGAUGCUAGUGAACCAUCAAGCAACUGGAGAUGUUUGCGUUCUAAUGAUGUGCCUUCAGGACAAAGGCACGGUUGUUCGUCAGAUGAUGUGGCUCAUGGAUCAUAUUUUUAAAUAUACGAACUUUGGAAUUGUAUCUCUACUUCAUGGAGAUUUCUUUAUAAGACAGGGAAAAGCUUAUCGUGACCAGCAGCUUGAACUUCUCCAGGACCAUCUAGAAAAAUAUUAUAGGAGCCGUGACCGAAAGUGGAUUGUAUUGUUUCCAGAAGGUGGCUUUCUUAGAAAAAGAAGAGAAACCAGUCAGGCAUUUGCCAAGAAAAACAAUUUACCAUUUCUUACACAUGUAACACUGCCAAGACUGGGGGCCACACAGGUCAUACUGAAAAAUCUGGUAGCACAACAAGAAAAUGGAACUCUAGCAGGUGGAGAUGCUACAGAAACAGAAAUCAAAUUGAAAGGUCUUCAGUGGGUGAUAGAUACAACCAUUGCAUAUCCCAAAGCUGAACCUCUAGACAUUCAGACCUGGAUCCUGGGCUACAGGCGACCAACAAUUACCCAUGUACAUUACAGGAUUUUUCCAAUUAAAGAUGUACCCUUAGAGCCUGAAGCCCUUACUGUUUGGUUAUAUCAAAGGUUCAUUGAAAAGGAGGAUCUCUUGUCACACUUUUACAAAACAGGAGCAUUCCCUCCACUGUUGGGGCAGAAAGAAGCUGUUUCCCAGGAAAUGAACAUUAGCAAUUUGUGGCUAGUUCUCAUACAGUCCUUUGCAUUUUUGUCAGGUGGUAUGUGGUACUGCAUUCUUCAGUAUUUUUAUCAAUGUCUAUUUUAAAAUGGACCUGAGGACACAAUGAGGAACCAGGUACUUUUACGGAGUACAUCAUGUUAUGUGUGCAAAUGUGAAUGUACAAGGAAGGAACAUCUGGAUGGACUUUUUCCGUUUGUUUGGGAGAUUUUAAACUUCACUAGAAGUGAGAAUCAGUAACAUAGUGACCUAAUGAUGUAUUUUAAGAACUGUCCAUCUUUUUAAAUUGUGUGUGUCUGCCUCACACACAUCCAUCAACAAAUUCGGCAUUUGAAUAGGAGAUGCAGUUGUGCAACCACCAUGGAUGAACAUCUGCAGCAAGAAUGCUUUCACCACAGGUAGUGUCCAGCAUUGUAGUUAACACUUGGGAGUUUUCAGCAACUUUCUCUUCAGUAGUCUGUACUGCAAGUCUUGUGAUAGAGAUUCCUCAUCUGCACAAACUCAAAUUGUAUUGUGAUUAAUCAUUCUGGAUCAGUUUAACCUACUCUGCAAACUUGGUAUGGUACUGUGACUGCCCCAUGUUACCUAUUUAGUAACAGCGUUUUUAAAAAACAAUGUCUGGUAUCCUGUAUUGGAAACAAAAAAAGGAGAACUAUUCUGCACAAAGACUUUGCAGUGUCAUGAAGUAUUGAAAAAAUUGUGCAUACCUCAUAGAACCAUUUAUUUCUGCCCUUUUUUUCUGACUUGAAAUCGCUUGCAAAUAUCCUUGUUGUAAAGGUGAUUCAAAAAUGGCACAUCACAAUCUAUUUCCCAUUUAGGUUUUAGAAUGCAUUUCAUAAAUUGAUCAUCAUUUUUACAAAAUGCACUUUUGAAAAUGCAAUACAGUGAAGGAAGUGCACAUAGCUUGAAGGAAAUUUAGUUGUUCCUAACAAAUUGGAUUUGUGAGGGCUGUUAGAAGUCAUGAAAGGUCUGUGGGCUUUCAAUGCUAAAGUGUACGAGUUGCCACACUCUAGCCAAAGUGGUGAGGUUUUUUUUAAACCUUCAAGAGGCCUUUAUUUCCAUUUGACUCAAUAGCACUUGGAACAUCUCUUAGAGGGUUUACAUUCAUAAAUGCCAAGGACCUCAAUACUUUGCAAAUAGGAAAAAGAAAAGGAAUUUAGCGUAGUUCCAAAACAGUAUAUCUAGUCACUGGGGUAAAAUAAUAGGAAGAUAUUUUGAUAUCCAGAGUUAUGGUAAAAAUUAUCUGAACCAUGAAGGGCAUUAUUAAGUCUGCCACUUUGUUGAAAAAUGUCACAGAAAGGGAAUUUUGCUUAAGAGGCAGAUGUAGCAUUAAAACAGGGUUUCAGUUGAUAAUGUAACAGUCCUUAAUGGUCUUGGAGAAAAGCCUUCUCUUUGUGUUAUCUAUCAGUCUUGGAAUAUUUGGCAUUAUAUCUGUGUGGCUACAUAAAGUUAUAUAUAAAAGAAACCAUUCCUAGCAAACAGUUACAAAUUUACACAUACAGACUUGUAGAGUGAACUUUAAUGACAGAAUUUUGUUUUUUAUGAACUGUAUUAUUUUCUAAGAGCAAAGCCAAGCCAACAGUAGUUGUCUGUGCUAAGUUUGCAAUAUAUAUUCUCCUGUUUUUUCCCCACAUCACAUAAGAACCAGUUUUGAUGAGUAGUAUAUAAAAUAAAGAUAUAAAACCGCAAGAUCAUAUUUUUCUGUUGUUUGAAGGUGGGAGGGAGGGGAAAUGAAAAGAGGUAAACUUCCCUUAGUUAUACAUGUAAAAUUUCACUUAGAUAAAUAUGCCAAAUAUUGAUUUUUACUCAUAACAUUCAUUACAGCAUGAAUUAUACAGUGGUGCAUUCUAGAAGAUGCAGUGAUAUAUACUGCAGUGAUUGGUAUGAUACCAUCAUGGCUGACACCCAGAAAGCAGCAUUAAUGCCUAUCAUUUAAACCUGAAGAUAAAAUAGAUGUUUUUAAAAGUUUGAGGGGGCACAUGGACAACUAAAUAUCAGCAGAAGAAUAAAAUCCAUUUUAAAUAAGAUAUUUCUUGCAAAAAAUAUUUUUUUAACUUUUUUUUGCCUUGUUGAACUAUAGCUGAAGUGCUUCAAUUUGCCAUAUUGCAGGAAAUUGUUAAGAAGUUCAUUCCCACUCUCUUGAUCUAUGUGGCUAUAAAUCAGAAUUCCACUCUGGGAGACAAAUAUCACAGACUAGGAUGCAGAGCAUCAGCUGUUGAAAGUAUAUCCUAUUUUGGAAAGGACAAGCUUGUCCUAAAAAGGAAGGUAUGUUUCUAAAAGUGGAUAAUACAUGUCCAGUUAUGCAUUGUACUGGUUUCUGAAGGAACACCAGUGACGUGCAAGAAUACAGGUUCUCCCCACCCUCCAGCUUAUUUUUAACAGGUAUUGUUCAUAGUGGCUUGGGACAAUACUUGGAAAUAUUGAGUUGCUGGCUAAUGAAACCAAAGUGGAUGGCCAUAUAUGCUCAACAUAACCAGAUCUUCUACUUGAAUUUGCAUGUGGCAGAAUGUCACUGUGUAGGGCACUGAUAGAAUUUGAAUUUCCCUGAUCCUAGUUGCAUUUUGUGAAGACGUGUCCUGCUCUUUUUGUGAAACUCUCUACAAAGUAGCAUGUUUGGAUAUAAGCUGCAGUGGAUUGAUUUAUUUUUUUCCUGUAUAUACUAGAAAAUGUGAAGAACAUUAAGUCAUAGUGUUGACUUUUGGGGUGAAUCAGGAUAUUGCUAUUAAGAAUUCUUAAAUAAAAAACACCAUUAAAUCCCACACUUGGACUACUAUCUUCAGACUACCUACUUAUUCCACAAUAGCCCAUAGAAUUCAGCAGGACCAAUCCAAAGUGUGUAUAUUUUAGGACUGCAGAAUUAUAAAAAGGUUGGUUAAGAAGAGGUACUUAUAUGUGUAUACUAUAUACAUAUUUACACAAACAUAUGUCCUGAUACAUUAGUCUGGUUUCAAGCAUUAAGUCAGUUUCAAGCAUAGCUGUUCAUUUGUUAACCCUCAGAGCUUCUAUAGAUUAAUACUGGGCUAGGUUUAUUGGCAACUAAGUGGCAACUAUCAGUUCAGUCAUCUAAUAUAGCUUCUCAUGGUAAGAGGUGAGCUUUGUGCUAGAUCUUGUUUCCUGUCAGUCAUUUAUGGUGAUGUAAAGCAAGUACAGCUUGACACCUCUCCAUUCUUUGCAUUACCUAAUACCACAUAUACAAUAUCAAAGUCGUGUACUUAAUCCAGAUGAGUGCCUCCCUGUUCCUUAUUUACAAAUGUUAACCAAGGGGUAGAAUUCAUGCUUUCUUAUUAGCAUGCACUGAAUGGAAAUACUACCUUGAUUAGAAGUACUCAGAAAGCACUAAAAGGUUACUAAUUUGUGUCCAUUUACUUUGAGUACGCUCCCUUACAUUCCUUCUGAAUACACAUGGUGUGGUGCCAGCUCCUGUCAUGCUCCAGCCCACCAAAGCUAUACAUUCCAAAAUGGAGAUAGUAGCUGUGGGACAUACUCAUUUGAUUUGCUCGGGAUUGUCAUACAAAACUUCUUCUGAUAUAAUUCAAACAUUAUGGCCCACCCACACAGAGAAGCAUGUUUCAGCAGCCUUACCAUGGAAAGUUGCAGUGAUAGAACUGGUCUUUGGAUAUCCAUGUACCAGGGGUUUCAUUGGCAAAGUCCUGAACAGGAAACAGGAUAACCCAUUUUGCUGUAGUUUGACUAUGUUUUUUUUAUGAGAACAGUUUAUUUGGGAGAAUAGUGUGCCCAGUAAAAUAUAAGUCUUAUCAAAUUUAUGAGUCACAUUUUAGUUUUCAAUAGUAUGAAAGAAUAUGUACAAAACAAAGACUAGUAAUUCCUGUAGUAGAAAUUAGCUGUAAAGUCUAUAGAAUUGCUUCUUUCCUGGCUCUGAUGUCUGUUGGAAAUUCACCCGCAUUUGUCCUUUAUAGUGUUGCAGUUUUAUGUCAGUGUCUUAACUAGAUAAUGUAAAACAUCAACUAAAGGAUAUCAACUUUAAAAAUAUUUUAUGAAUCAUUUAACAAGAAACCAUCAAGGUCUUAACAGUUUAGAUUUACUGCCAUUCAAGCAAAAUGUGCCAUUCACACAUAGAUUUUAUUGUCCUCCCUGAGCUGACAAUCUCUUUUCUACAGGUUUUCAUGUAACUUUACACUCUGUAGUUUAUUAUAGGAAGUAUUUCAUCUUAUGAUUUUAGAUCUUACUUAAAAGUUUUAUGGAAUUCAGGGGGCAAGAUUGUUCUCUUUUUUGGAAUCCAUCAAAAUAACUGCUGAUUGGUUAAUACCUGGUUGAGUCAGACUUGACUUUUCUUUACUUGCUUUAGUCAACAAUCGAUGACUUGUAGAUGGAUGUGUGAACUGUCUCCAUGGAAAAUUUCUGUGUUUUUGAGAUGAUUUUUUACUUGAAUUGCUUUAGAAUCAAAUGCAUAUCGUGGUAAACAUACAUGUGUGAACUAGGCCAGUUUAAACACAAUUAUGCAAAAAAAAAAAAAGACUUAAAUUCUGUUGCUGUAUAGACACCAGUAAUUUUAAUGGGAACUUCCCAAAUUAUCCCACUGGGAUGAGCGGCAUUGUCUUUGUGCCCAAAAGUUGUUUUUCUUAUUGCUGUGCAGUGAAUUGUUUCACUAUCUGUUUGCGAUAGCAGUUAGACUUCAUGGGUUGGAUCCAUCCCCUCAAAAAGAGCAUGCAGAGGGCCAUGGGACUUAACAUGGACCAAAACCAUGUGGGAUGGGGAUUGUGGUAAGGAGAGAAAUUAACUGUGAUUAAAAUGGAAAAGCUGACUGGAUCCAACCCUGUGAAUUGUCUCUGGAUAAUCUGUUACACAAUUGGGACCAAAACUGACAAAAACUUAUAGCAGCAUAAACUUCUGUGAGUCAGACAUCACUACUUCAGAUGAAGUGAGGUCUGACUCACAAAAGGUUAUGCUGGAAUAAAUAAUAUUGAGAGAGAUGUUUGGCUGGCUGGCUUUCCCCCCUUUUUCCUCCUCAUCCUCCUCCCCUACCCCCAAACCGGACAUAGUAAAGGAGGUUUAUACCUAAAGUGCUAUAUGGAAUUUAAAGAGCCAUAUGAAAGAAAUUGUGUAUGAAAUGGCAUGAUUUGCCAAGUUAUGCGUUUGAAUAUAUAGGGUAAGUUGAAAAGGGGAAAUAAAACUCAGUUUACAGAGUCAUCAAAUUAUCAUCAAAUUAUUGAACUGUUUUAUUUCUAUUACAUAAAAGUUGUGGACUACUUGUUCUCAAAAAUUCCUAAAGUGUGUAUGACUAUUUAAAGAGGGGUGGCUAUGCAUUUUAUUGUUAAACUUUCCAAAUUUUCACUACAAUCUUGCAAUGAAUGGCUACUAUUUUAAGUUACUUCCAUGAAAUUGGGUAUACUGUUGGGCUUUUUGAUGCUAUAUUGUUGAAUAUGAUCCCCCCUCCACACUCUGUUGUAUAUCUGUAUUAUCUCUUUUCCCCUUUGUGCCACAUAUGAUCAGAAUGAAUGCACACCAUUAUAGUGUGAUUUUGUUAAAGGGCUGGUCACAUUUGGAUUUGUAUUUGAAUUGAUUUAAUUCCUUAGUUUUUUCUCAUUAAAUUCAUUGAAAGAUCAAUAUGCUUUUUAUAGCUAGAUACAGAUACCAAAAGAUUUUUUUUCUCAGCACAAAAAUAUGUCAUUCUUGAUUUUUUUUGUCCUAUAUGAAAAAAAAAACUUUUUUCAGUGUUUUGUAUAUUAUAAUUGUUUAAAUGGAUGCUUGAUAAGGAAGGACAAACUUUUACCUACUUCAUUUUACUUACCAUACAACUUCAAAUCACUGCUCAUACUGCAAGUUUGUAUAUGGUUUAUUAACAAAACAAUUGAAUAAAUAGAUCUUUUCUAGCUCUCAGGAAUCCCACAGAGAUUCAUCUUUCAGUGCAAAAUGGGACUGGAUUUGAACUAAGAAAUGCUGAUGUGUAAGGCAGUGACAAUUCUUCCGCCAUUUUAACUCACAUUUGCUGUUAUGGCAGUGAUAGUGCAUUAAUUUUUUGCAAUGAUCCAAAAUACAAUAUAAAACUAUAAACGUUUCAUAUUUGCUUGAUAGACAAUCCAGAUUUCUGAGAUAACUUUCCAUAUAGAAAAGUGGGACUUCGGGUCUUUUCCUAUGGAGAAUGAUGCCCUUAUAUAUUUUUUGUAAUAUGCAGCCGCCUAAAUGUAAGGAAUGUUUUGCUUUUUUAAAAAGCAAUAUUGGGAGUGCCAUUCACUUUAGCUCUCUCAACUAAGGCCCAGUUCAGAUUAACAGCAUUCUCUCUCCAGAGGAGAACAUUGGACUUGCUAGGCUUAUGAGCCAGCAGAAUGUGUGUGGAGGCACUGUUUAUGAGAACCAUGACUACAGUUCUGUGAGUUAUCACAAUUGUGUAAUUUGCACUUGUCGUGGAAGCAGUUCCUGUUUGGGUUCGUCAGAUCUCAAAAACAGUGCCUGAAUGCUACCAAGCACAAAUCUGGUAGUCAUCCAGCACAUUCUCAGGGCACUUGCAUGGGAGCCACCGUUAGUCUGAACCUUUAGUCAACUGUUCUUUGUCUUGUUGUAAUAAGUGACUGUAAUUGGUUCAUGGAAACAAAUGGAACUUGUAGGAGCAGACCGAAGUACCUUGCGCAGUCCAGAGAAAGCUGUGCAAUGGUUAAUGCCUACCUCUUUGUUUCACUUUCAGAUUUUGUUUGGCUAUGGAUCUAUGUGUUUGUACUAAUAAUGAAAAGUGUUAUUUGAAAAAAGUUUUUUAAAAAUAAAAAGGACAGGAAGAACCUGAAAGCUGAAGCUUAAAGCACCAAAAGAUCCAGUGCUGACCAGCCCUGUUAUGCACAUAUUUGACAAAAGCCAUUGGUUUUUAAUUCUUAAUAUAAACAAUGUUUGUUUGUAAAGUUCCUUCCUGCUGGAAAAAAUAUGUAUUUUUAAAAGAAAAAAAUCCCUCUUGGCUAUAAAGAAUGUCAGCUGUAUGAAGGUGUGACCAUAUCAUAACAUGCUGAUCCGAUAUAAAUCAAUAAAAUUUAUACCUCUCAGGUCUCUGAUAA